UUCGCAGCAGCAGAGAGACCAAAAUAAGCGACUUUUAUUCUAUCUGCCUCGUUUUUAGUUUUUCUGCCCCGCGUCGGGGUUGACCCCCCACCGCACCCCCCCUCACACACACACACACACCCUCUCACGUGCGCGACUGCUCCACAUACCUCUCGCGCUUGCGUGCUCGGGUCGCGAGCGACACCCAUCUUCCUCACCACCGCCCCCCCCUCCAUCAUCACCACCACCACCAUCAUCAUCUCCUCCAUCACUGCACUCCGCCAGCGCUCCAUCGAGAAGAAGCCCAGGACUGCGUGAAAAGGAAAAGAAAGGAGGGGGAACGACAGAAUAAAAUCGCCGGAGCGCCGGUGCACGAGAGGGGAGCGAAAGAGGAGAGAGAGAAAGAAAGACAGAGAGACCGAGAGGAUGGCAGACAGGGAGCAGCUCAUCCAGAGAGCCAGACUGGCCGAGCAGGCGGAGCGCUACGAUGACAUGGCCUCAGCCAUGAAGCUGGUGACAGAACUGAACGAGCCACUGUCCAACGAGGACCGCAACCUGCUUUCUGUGGCCUACAAGAAUGUAGUGGGAGCCCGGCGCUCAUCCUGGCGUGUGACCUCCAGCAUCGAGCAGAAGACGGCGGCAGACGGCAGCGAGAAGAAGCUGGAGCUGGUGCGGGCCUACCGUGAGACCAUUGAGAAGGAGCUGGAGUCUGUGUGCCAGGACGUGCUGACCCUGCUGGACCAGUAUUUGAUCAAGAACUGCGACGAAAGCCAGCUGGAGAGCAAGGUCUUCUACCUGAAGAUGAAAGGAGACUACUACCGCUACCUGGCCGAAGUGGCGACUGGGGAAAAGCGAGCAUCUGCCGUGGAGGCUUCAGAAGCCGCCUACAAGGAAGCCUUUGACAUCAGCAAGAGCAUGGCGGCCACGCACCCCAUCCGCCUCGGCCUGGCCCUCAACUUCUCUGUCUUCUACUACGAGAUCCAGAAUGCACCGGAGCAGGCCUGCCAGCUGGCCAAGGAGGCAUUCGACGAGGCCAUUGGUCACCUGGACAAUCUGAACGAGGAUUCCUAUAAGGACUCGACGCUCAUCAUGCAGCUGCUGAGGGACAACCUGACCCUCUGGACCAGCGACCAGCAGGACAGUGAAGGAGGAGACCCCAAUAACUGAACCAGAAUUCACUUUGUUGUCCUGCGAUCUUAGCUAGCUGUAGUAGCCCCCCAUAGCCCCCUUUAAAAAUCUCUCUGCCUUUUUCUGAUCUCUUCCUGUGUCUUCUCUUCCCUGUCUUCUUUUCUGUUUCUGUGAUGUUCCCCUGAUUGAUAUUCACUUUGCUCAUCAGGGUUUCUCUUUUCUUUCUUUCUUUUCUCUUCCUUUUCUUCUUUUCUCUUAUUUCCUUUUCUCUUUUUUGUUUCUUCUGUUCUCACUUCUCCUUUUCUCUUGUCUUUUCACUUUUUUGUUUCUUUUUUUCUUUUCUUUCUUUUUCGUUUCUUUCCUUUUCUUUUCCCUGAUUCCACCAGGGUUGCUGUUGCCUUAUGGAUCCAUGCAGCCUUUUUUACUUUCUAUAAACCUUUCCAUCACUUAGCAUGUGUGUCUCUCUCUCUCUCUCUCUCUCUCUCUCUCUCUCUCUGUCUUUCUCUUUCUCUCUCACCCUCUCUCCCGCUCUCUGUUUUCCCUCUCUUGCUGUUCCUGACCCUGUUCCUGUAUGCCAUUCCCCUCUCCCCCUCCUCCCUGCUCCCUACCCCUUGAUGAGUCACUGAUAAUUAGCCUACUGGUCUCCAAGUGACAUUUACUUAGUGUGUUCUCUCUGAAGGACUUGAGCUCUAUAGGGACUUUUUAAUUAACACUAAAUUAUGGGGGGGGGGGUGUUUGAGUUUCUGUCUGUGGCGCCGUUCAGUGAAGUUGUUCCACUUUAUUGCCGAAUCGUGUGGUUGUAGCCUCCUCCUCACCUGUCUCCUCAUCUGUACCCCUCUAUCACUGCUUAGAUGUGUAUGUGUCUGUCGUCGCCCCCUAUGCCACUCUCCUGUUGUGAACACUGCUAGCCUUGUGAAUUGUGUAUGCCCACUGAUCUCCGGUCAGUUAGUCAUGGCUGGCCGGAUGGCCGGCGGCUCCAGAGUCUUUGGUUAAGGUGACGCGCGACGCGUAAAAGAAUGCCAUUAAAAACAAAAGCCUGCCGAGGAGCUCUGA